AUGUCACCUAAAUUAUAUUUUUCCUAUUAUUGUAGUUACUUUGAUAACGGGGACCUAUCAUAUCUACGUAAUAGUAUUUUGUUCCAAUGUGUUGACCAGUCCAACUUAUUACUUACUGUAUUUUCUAUUUUUCAACAUUCUUUUCAUAAUGAUGAUGUGGUCGAUUUUAUUAACAAUGUUUAUUGCAAACCCGCCAGUCCCAGAAGAUUACCGUCUGACGGAAGAAGAAACGAAUUAUUAUAAUGAAAGUAGCGAAGAGGAAAAACCCACAGUUUUGCUAUGGAUUUAUGACAGAAGGGACUUUUUUUUAGUAACCAGGACAGCUCACGGUUUCAUCAGGUUCUGCAAAAUAUGUAAUCAGAUAAAGCCAGAUCGAGCCCAUCACUGUUCCAGCUGUGGUGUUUGUGUAUUGAAAAUGGACCACCACUGCCCGUGGCUAAAAAACUGUAUAGGAUUCUCGAAUCAAAAAGUGUUUUUGUUGAGUUUAUUUUACUGUACGGUGUAUUGUAUUUUCUUCAUAGGUACAACCUUAGAACAUUUUGUAAGUUACUGGGGAAAUGUUGAGGCUACACGACUUCUCCCUCUCGUCGUUGGUUUCAUUAUAGCUGCUAUUGUUGGUUCCAUCAUUGGUAUAUUUUUUGUUUAUCACUUAAGUCAGUUGUGCAAAAAUCAAACCACACUGGAUGCACUGCAGCCGAUCUAUUUUUUGUACCGCCAUGUAACUUUCGAUCUCGGUGUAUAUGAAAAUAUUUGUGAUGUUUUAGGGGAUAAAUGGAUACUGUGGUUAGUUCCUGUGUUUACUACUAAAGGGGACGGAUGUACAUUUAAAAUACAUAGGAAGUACGCACAAACGCGAUCAGCGGGAUCUUCAAGAGGAUCCGUACGGUCAAAUAUAUCACACACUCCCCAACCGAAGCCAUCUAAUACGACAAAACAAAAUAUUACCGAAUCAAAUGUCGUUGGGACCUCAAGAAACAAUGAAAUUAUAUCUAGACAAUUAUCAGACUUCACAUUGUGAAGGAAAAAAAAAUGUAUACUCUGACAGUAUUUAAUUAUAUCCGAAGUGGUAUUAAA